CGGAGAAGACGAUGGCGAUGGCGCGCCGGUAGAUGCAGCAGCUAUGGCGGAGGGAGAAGCUCCGGACGCCGCGAGCUCCGACGGCGAGGGGCAGGAGGAGGAAUUCUUCGAGACUCUCGAAGAAAUCGCGACCACCUCCGGCUCCGAUAGCGGUGGCAGCAGCGAUGGUGAGCGUCUUGCUAGAUUCAAGCUGCGGCAGCGCGGCAAGCGCCAGGAUUUCGCCGCAUUCCCUUCCGGCGACUCGAAAUAUGCGGUGUGGAGGAGCGAUCCGGCCAGCGUCGGGGAGCGUAGGGUGAGAUUGCUCCAGAGAAUGGGGCUGGAGGAUUUCUUUGGCAGCAGGGAGCCCUCUUUCCUCACCUCCAGCCAUUCCUUCCCUCCGUCGACGGCCUCCACGCCUCGGGUCUUCCGCAGCAUCUCGGAUCCCCUCUCGGGAGGAGAGCAUUUGAGGGGAGAGUCCGUGGAUCUGGAUCGUCUUCGCUCUAGCGACGGCUACGAGAGCUCCAGGGACGAAGAUGCCAGAAAUGGGGAUUUGGUCAGCCCCGGCAGCCCAAUUCUCGCGGAUGGAAGGUCUACCGACGCCAAUGUAGAUGGUCAAAGCUCUACCAACAGCAGUGGCAGGGAGUUCGUGUAUAGGAUAAAGGAUCUGGACAGCGGCAAGGAGUUUAUAGUCGAGGAGCUCGGAUCGGAUGGGUCGUGGAACAGAGUUAGAGAGGUUGGGACGGGGAGGGAGCUGUCGCGAGAGGAGUUUGACAGUUCUCUGGGACUCUCUCCAAUUGUACAGGAAAUGAGGAGGGUCGACAGGGAGAACAGGAAAAAACCAGGGACUUCUUCGUCUUCUUCAUCGUCUUCUUCGUAUUUGCCGCUGAAUGGGAAGCCCAAGAAGAAGAGAUGGUUUAGCGGUUUCAUGAGGCGGUCAAGCACUCCCAGUGCUGCAGCAGAGAAAGACGACGUGUCUACUGCUCAGCCAAGGUCUGAUGCGAGAAGACCAUGGAAAAUGCAGAGAAUUAAGGUGCGCGUGUGCAAGAAAGCUGUAAGAGAGUUGGCGGAAUUGUACAUGGGACAGGAGAUUCAUGCUCACCAAGGUCCGAUUUGGGCUCUUAAGUUCAGUACCGGCGGACGGUACCUCGCAAGUGGCGGGCAGGACUGCGUUGUCCGGGUGUGGAAGAUUGUUUUAUCGAGCAAUCAAGUCGCCGCUAGCGCAGCGGAUGGGGGGACUCACGAGGUUAGGAAACCACCACAUCAGAAAAAGCGAGGCUCGUCAAAGACGAGCGACGAUAAAGCUGGCUUGAAAGCUUUCGGCCUCGACGGUGAGCCGCUGUGCAGUCUCCAUGGCCACACAGAAGAUAUUUUGGAUUUGUCGUGGUCG